GCACCGCUCGCGCGGCUGGAGUCAAGAUGGAGGAGUAUGCGCGAGAACCUUGCCCCUGGCGCAUCGUGGACGACUGCGGUGGAGCCUUCACCAUGGGCACCAUAGGUGGUGGUAUCUUCCAAGCCAUCAAAGGUUUUCGGAAUUCGCCAGUGGGAGUCAACCAUAGACUACGAGGGAGUCUGACAGCCAUUAAGACCAGGGCGCCACAAUUGGGAGGCAGCUUUGCAGUUUGGGGAGGUCUGUUUUCCAUGAUUGACUGCAGUAUGGUUCAAGUCCGAGGCAAAGAAGAUCCCUGGAACUCCAUCACGAGUGGUGCCUUAACAGGAGCCAUCCUGGCGGCAAGAAAUGGACCGGUGGCCAUGGUUGGGUCAGCUGCAAUGGGUGGCAUUCUCCUAGCUUUAAUUGAAGGAGCUGGUAUCUUGUUGACAAGAUUUGCCUCCGCACAGUUUCCCAAUGGUCCUCAGUUUGCUGAAGAUCCCUCCCAGUUGUCGUCAGCCCAGUUACCAUCCUCCCCUUUUGGAGACUAUCGACAAUACCAGUAAGGACUGCUGCCCUGGAUUUAGGCGAAAGAGCUAUAGUUCAAGAAGGAUUUGGGAAGACCAAGCCACAGUCUGUUUUUAAAACAAUGGUGGGACAACUACGCCCAUACAGGCUCUGAGAAGACAUUGAGCACCUUUCUUUUUCCUAUUUAAAGGAACGUGGGGGGAAGUAUUAAAGGAUGAAAAACAUUUAUUUAUUCACACUUGGAUUGCAUUUGUGAUCAAAAUAAAUGCCUAGUAGCAUCCAUAGAAAAAUCUCUAGGUGCUUAGAAGAUGAAGGAGCAAGGACAGAAACCAGUGACACAUGACCACCAUUUCCUCGGGGACUGCUCUUCCUGGUUUUGCGUGUGCUGUUAUUCAAACAAUAAAGACUCCUGGAACUUGCUCUUUCUUUUAA